GCGCGCUCUUUCUCGCGACGCGCCCUGCGGGCUGGGUGGCUGCUAGAGACAGUUCCUGGGCUCUGGCCCUUGGUCUGCUGUGUCUGCGCGGUGCAGAGCAAGGCCAGGCAAAGGCAGCCCCUUCUCGAGACCCGCGUCGCCAUGGCCGCGGUUCCCGGGUUGCUGCAACAAGAGGAGGAGGAAGACCACAGCAAGCUUAGAGCUGUGUCUGUGGACCUAAAUGUCGAUCCCUCACUUCAGAUUGACAUUCCUGAUGCGCUCAGUGAGAGAGAUAAGGUCAAAUUUACAGUGCACACAAAGACAACACUGUCCACAUUUCAGAGUCCAGAAUUUUCGGUUACGAGGCAACACGAAGAUUUUGUGUGGUUACAUGACACUCUUAUUGAAACACCAGAUUAUGCUGGACUUAUUAUUCCGCCUGCUCCUGCAAAACCGGACUUUGAUGGUCCUCGAGAGAAGAUGCAGAAGCUGGGAGAGGGCGAAGGGUCUAUGACUAAAGAAGAAUUUGGCAAAAUGAAGCAAGAACUGGAAGCUGAGUAUCUUGCUGUCUUUAAGAAGACUGUAUCCACCCAUGAAGUCUUUCUUCAGCGGCUUUCAUCUCACCCAGUUCUUAGUAAAGAUCGAAACUUUCAUGUGUUCCUGGAAUAUGAUCAGGAUCUAAGUGUAAGGCGGAAAAAUACCAAAGAAAUGUUUGGCGGCUUUUUCAAGAGUGUAGUGAAAAGUGCUGAUGAAGUCCUUUUUUCUGGAGUGAAGGAGGUGGAUGACUUUUUUGAGCAGGAGAAAAAUUUCCUCAUUAACUAUUACAAUAGAAUCAAGGAUUCGUGUACAAAAGCUGACAGAAUGACCAGAUCUCAUAAAAGUGUUGCAGAUGACUAUAUCCACACUGCAGCCUGUUUACAUAGUCUGGCUUUAGAAGAGCCCACGGUCAUCAAAAAGUACCUUUUGAAGGUUGCUGAGCUGUUUGAGAAACUUAGGAAAGUAGAGAACCGAGUGUCAUCUGAUGAAGACUUAAAGCUGACAGAGCUCCUUAGAUACUACAUGCUCAACAUAGAGGCUGCUAAGGAUCUUUUACACAGACGUACCAAAGCUCUCAUUGACUACGAGAACUCAAAUAAAGCUUUGGAUAAGGCCCGAUUAAAAAGCAAAGAUGUUAAACUGGCAGAGACACACCAACAGGAAUAUUGCCAGAAAUUUGAACAGCUUUCUGGAUCUGCAAAGGAAGAAUUGACUAAUUUCAAAGAGAAGAGAGUGGCAGCAUUUAGAAAGAAUCUCAUUGAAAUGUCUGAGUUGGAAAUUAAGCAUGCCAGGAAUAAUGUGUCCCUCUUGCAAAGCUGCAUUGACUUGUUUAAGAACAACUGAUCUGCCUUUGUUCUGAAUGAAGGAGAAGAAACAGAACAAAUGUGAAAGCCAGCCUCACUUGCACUUCAAUCAUUAGCCAUGGAAGAUUUAUUAGUUUCUUACUUUAGUUUAAAAUGAUGUGAGUAAAUACUUUGAUUUCUAAAAAUCUUAACACUUAACCAUGUUGGUUUAAAGCUAUUUUUAUUGCAUAUUUCUUGGUCAUAACUAAUCUUUUUCGUACGCAUUUAAUACCUCAAAGUUGUCAGAAUCUAACUGCAGUGUUCUCCUGUAGUUUAUUUUUAUUAAGAAAGGGUGUGGGAAACAUGUGCCUUCUGGAAACAAGGAUAAGAAAUUGCCUGGCACAUGCUUGCCUCACUAUGUGUCCAUGUCCCCACAAACAUAUUUUAAGAUAGGGGAUCACUUAUGGCAAAUACUUGUCACAAGUCACAGGCAUUCUGUUUCUUAGGUCUCUCUGUUGACCCCAUGGUUUUUUAGCCAUCUCAUGUGUGCACUAUACCAAGAGCAAGAUCAUCUCGUUGAUCUUUGUACACUCUUUGCAUGCAGCUCCGUUUUUGAAGUUGGGAUAUCAGGAGAAGGACGCUGAAACAAGUGUGCUAUGAUCUCUUAUAGAAAAUGGUCAGCUCUCCACAAGAAUGUGUUAUCCUUUUUUGACACCUCCUAGUGAGGAGCAUUGUAAGAAUUUGGCUUUUAUUUUUCAUAAAUAAAGUAUGUGAUAAACUAAUAAA